AUGGCGAUGGUGCCAACAUCACGAAACCCAGUCUGCCAGGGCUGUAAAAGAACCAUCCCACCACUCCAAAAUAGCCGGAGACCUGGAAAGCUACCAGGGAAGACUGAUAACCACAAAAACUCAACGCUUGUCCACCAACGAGCUGAACCAGUGGAUGGAAAACGCACGACCGAAGCAGACAACACCGACGAUGGUUUAGUGGCAGCGGAAUCAAGCCAGCUUGUAGCUUUUAGCUUUGGAAAAGUUAUUUUAAAGAUGACUGGAAGGGCCUCGAGAACUUCAGGCGCAAAUGGCGCGAAUUUGUAUUCACCGGUCAACCGGCCGGAUGACCACCCGGACGACCGGGUGAAGCACUUGUCUAUCGCGGUUGUCACAUUAUCGACUGUGGCUGUCAAACUCUUUGCUGGACGAUCGUCACAAUUUGUGGGAAUAGGGAAGACAACCAUUGCCAAAUUUUUAUAUAAUUCAAAUUGCUCAAGGUUCAAAGGUAGCAGUUUUCUUGCAAAUGUAAGAGAAACUCUAAAACAACCAAAUGGUUUACUUCAAUUACAAAGACAACUUCUUUCAAAUAUUUUAAAGGGAAGAAAGAAAAAGUUGUAUAGUGUUGAAGAAGGAAUUGUUAAAAUUAAAGAUGCAUUACGUUGCAAAAGAGUUCUUAUAAUUCUUGAUGAUGUGGAUACAAUAGACCAACUAGAUGCAAUACUUGGAAUGCGAGAUUGGCUUUUUCAAGGUAGUAAAAUCAUCAUAACCACUAGACAUGAGCGGUUGCUAAGGGCUCAUGAAAUUUGCCACAUUCACAAGGUUGGAAAUUUGGAUUACAAUGAGUCCUUAGAGCUCUUUAGUUGGCAUGCCUUUAGGAAAAACCGUCUCAUUGAUGGUUUCAUAGAGGUCUCAGAAAGGGUGAUACAAUACUGUGGAGGGCUUCCAUUGACUAUAAAAUUUUGGGUUCUUCUCUGUCAGGGAAAAGCUUAAAUGUCUAGAAAAGUCAAUUGGAGAAAUUGAAAGC